GGCCGCCAUGCAGGAGCCCGACCCGGAGCGCUCCGCCGAGGAGAGCCCGGGAGGAGUCGCGGCGGGCGGAGGCCCGCCCGGCGAGGAGGCCUCGUGGCUGCGGCGGCUGUCGGAGGAGGCGCGGAGCGGCUGGCGGCUGAGCGCGACCCCCUCCGAGCCGCCCGCGCUGACGGUGGCGGCGGUGGAGCGGUACCUGGCCGAGGCGCCGCCCGCCGCCCCGCGCUAUUGGUACGACGUGACGCUGGCGGACGGCGCGGGGCAGGAGCGCUGCUACCUGGCACCGCGCCUCAGCCGCCUGGUGCAGCGCGCGCACCUGCACGCCGGGGCGCGCGUGCGCCUGACGCGCUGCUCCUACCUGUACGACGAGCGGCGGCUGCGGCGCGGCCUGCUCUGCGUCGAGGCGCUGCAGCCCGCCUCGCCCCCGGCCUCGCCCCCGGCCUCGCCCCCGGCCCCCGCCGCGCCCCGGAGCCGCGGCCAAGUCCCGCCGCCCCUGCGCGGGGAGAGGAGGCACUACCUGCCGCUCUGGAACAACGAGGAUCCCUACGGGGACAUCUGGGUGGCGGAGCGGCCCCCGGCGCGGGUCGACGUCGACGUCUCUAAGCUGAUUUCCCUUGGUCAGCUGGAAACGACCUGGAGAAGCAGAAUUCAUUUCCGCCCGCUGCUGGUGAGAGUCCUGCACAAGUCUAGGCUAAGGUACUAUGGGAAGCCAGAGAAGAAAAUGGACAUGCCGUACCAGGCUUACUUUGAAGUUGCCGAUGGUUCAGGCAUGAUGUCCAUGGUUCUGUGGAAUUCCUUAUGUCCCGAAUGGUAUAACAGUAUAAAUGUUGGCACCGUGCUCCUCCUUGAACAGUAUGCUGUCAAAGACUGUUAUCCAUUUAAAACACAGCCAACCCCAAGAGAUCCACAGAUGAAGAGAUUUACUACAAUCGAAAUCAGCCUCAACGUACGAAACCCACCGACCAAGAUCAGCAUAAUUUCCGAGGAAAUGGUUAAGGCAGAGUGGGGAUUGCCUGAAGUUAAAUACCAGUUUGUUACAAGGACGGAGCUGAAUGACUUACCCAACAACCAUUCCUGUGAUGUUAUUGGCCUUGUGACCUUUGUAGGAAGGGUGCAACGAACAAGAAAGAAAGAUGGUGAAGACUUCUGGCUUUAUCGUUGGGCACAUGCCAUUGAUGGGACCUCGGACAAACCAUUCAUCCUGGAAAUAUUUGCAACUUCUCAGCCAGAUGUAUUUGAGCGUAUUCACCCAAUGACAUACCUGGUGUGUACGCAGAUGAGGGUGGUGCGGGAUCUCUCUGAGAAUCCUUCCCACACAGUUUACCUUACAACGUCCAACGAAAGUCAGAUAUUCAUCACAGGGUGGCACAAGGGCCAGCCAUACACCAAGGAUACUAAAGUGAAAAACUUCAUUCAGUGGACUAGAACGCAGAGUGAAGCUAAUCAAAUGAGGAAAACUGUCAUUGGGGGAUAUUACCCUUUUCCACGACCUCCAAACAACUUUCUGAAGUACUGCAAGAAUAAUAAAGUUGAAUCAGUUUUGAAAGCCAUAGGCGAGCUGGGAGAAGAGAUUGAAGGUCUGCAUUACAGGGAGCACAAACGCAUUGCUAUUCAAGGAAUAAUCAGUGCCAUAAGAUACAUCAGCUGUAGCAGUGCAGCUGAAGAUGCCUCAGAAGUGGAACUUGUACAGAAAGAUGCACAGACUCUUGAAAGCUCUCCUGUGUCAAAGCAAGAUGACGUUCGCAAGGGAAAAACAAGGAGCCUUCAAGGCGCAGAGCUCGGGUCUUUUCGGGAGCCAAGUUGCACUCCUAGGGAACAGCAUCAGCAUCAAACUCAACUAUCAAAAAAGAGUACAGCCAAGAGAAGGACUCUGCACAAAUCAUGUACAGACACAGAACAGGGAACCACAUCUGUUACUUCUGUAUCCUCUUAUCCCUAUUACACACGAUCAGCAAAAAAGAAAUUAAGCUUGAAUGAAUUUCAACAUGAAGACUGUGUACAGGAGCAGGCUCCAUCAGACAGCUCACAGUGCUGUGCAGACCAGGGAGAAAUAAACGAUACACCUGAGACUGAAGAGGUGGCGAGAACCUGCAUUUCGUGGCAGAGUGAGCUGUGGGCACAAGUGAAAGACAAGUUGAUGAAAUAUUUGCAUCACGGCACGAUUUUCCCAGAAAGCAUCCCGUGUAAAUUUGAUUACAUGUACAAAGACUUCCUUAUGCAGCAGUACAACCUUCAUGCAGCAGUGCACCAGCCAAAAGAAACCAGAAUAGAUAAAAGUAUCGGUGAAUUUAAGAGCACUGGUGGCCUUGGAUAUUAUGAAGUGACAGUUCUGGGUAUAAACCACGAUGUUGCAAUAGAUGUUGCCUUUCUCCCACUGUUCGGUCAUGAAGAUCCCCACUUAUUUCCCGUAGAGGAAGUGGAAAAUGACCCGUUGUUGUCUUGCAUGAGUUGCAUCUCCUGUCAGCAGAAGGCCACUGGCACUGGAACACUUUGUGACGUGUUGCCACUUUCAAAUGAAAUUGUGAAAGCAGCAAUGGACCUCGACGGCAAACAUGUUGUCUGUAUCUUGGACGUCUGUCACCUGGGUGAUGACAAGGUAGAAGUCUUUCUGAGCAAAAUCUACAAGACAGUGGAAGUUGAUGUGCCAGAUCCAGUUUAAUUUAAUAAUUUAUUUUUCAAAAUUAGAUACUGUUGAAAAGGAGGGGAAUAAAACUGCUGUAACUUGAAUAUGCCCUCUACACACUGCACUUUUCUAGAAUGAGCAGACAAAAAAUCACCAUUCGUACAAUAGAACAGUUGCAAUGGUCAUCCACAUAAAUGAGAAGGAUUGUUGCCUUAUCUGUGACACUCACCGAUCACAUUAUUGCACAGCGUCUUGGUCACUUGUGUGCAAGAAAGAUGAACUGGCAAUAUGGUGAGCUUUUGAAAGGAGACUGAGAAGCACGUCUGUGAUUUGUCUUUCCCUGCCUAAGUGCACAGAGAUGUAGGAAAUGUAUGUAUUUAGGUGAGAACUUAGAAGAGAGGUAGGCUUUCCAAUACUAAGGGCAGUGUUUGCAAUAGGAUUAACUGGCCACAGUAAAAAUUUAGGCUGGAAAUCUAAAUUGUCUUGAGGGUAAGAACUGUUACGUCCUGAAGUGAUCUUUUAGUGGGAGGUAAGGGAGACAGCCUGACUGCUUGCACCUUGCAGCCUUUAGUGCUGGGGGCUGAACUCAGUGAUCUAAGAAGAUAUUUUCAGUUCUUUUUACCUGAGCAAAGUCACCUGUAUUUCUGUAUGUCUGCUUUUGUACGUACAAUGUUGGGGGGUGAGUAUAGCACCCAAAGGAUUUUAAUGUAUUUUAUUUAUUGAUUUAAAAAAUGAAAUAUUAAACUUUCUUAGUGAAGCUUGCUUCUAGCUUCGCAAGAGAAAAACUUUUUAAGAAUUAUGAAACAUGUCAGGAUGCUGUUUGUCACACCAUUACCUUUUUUUCCCUGUUCACUACUGGUACUGUUGUUCUUCUUUUUGGUAAUAGCUGAAGGGGUGAACCCAGGAGCUGCAAGAAGCUGCUGCUUCCAGAUGCCCAAGUGCUCUAAAAUCCUGUCAACUCUUUGGCUCUAUACUAAGUAGCAGCUGCUGGCUCCUCCUCAGCUCAGAACUAAGUCCCUCCUUCUUCAUACUGGCCUCAAAUCACUUAUACAGCUGGAUUUUGAUGGGAUUAUUCUGAAGUAGGAGCUAAGACACAUUGCUGGCUGACGGCUUGUCCAUACGAAAUGCUGGUCUCACUUCAGUUGUUUGAGAAGAAACGAUUUAUAGAAGCAGAUUUGUUCUGAAGCUUCAGUAUUUGUUCUGCUCCAGAACAGAAGCAGAACUGAAGCUUCAGUAUAGAAGCAGAACAAAUCUGCAGGUAACAAAUCUGAAGCAGGUAACUGAGAGGCACCUCUUUCAACUACUGUGUCACUCAUUUGCUGUGAGGACAGUGGAUUUUGUCUUCAAGUCCUUCAAUCCCUACCCUAACUUCAGUUAAUGGUGAUUGAAGAAGAAACUUAGCUGCCUUUAUUACAGUAGAAUUUCAUAUGCAGCUUGAUAUAUGAAGGCAUUUACUUUUUAUUUCAAAACAAACAAAAAAAAGUAUUCUGGUCUCUAUGAUGGUUUACAAUUUAAAAAUGUAUUAAUGAGAGAAGUUUAGUUGAAAUUGCACAGAGAAUGAAAGUUAAUUAAAUAUGACUGUGUAUUGUAUGUUUAUAUUUUAUAUAUAUCACAUAGUAUUAGUUCUGGAGCAAUGCUUGCCAAGUCAAGUCUUUGUAACCAUACCAUAGAAGGCAAAAUGAGCACAUAACCAUCCCAGAAGAGCUGGGUGUUGCUUGCAUGUGUAAUUUGGGUGUUCAUGGCUACGUGAAGAUCAGAGACCAUUGCUCUAGAAUGAGGAAAAUUAGCACCAGCACUUGUGUACCUAACUGAGCCCUGCUGACUGUGUCAGUAUUUUUUUUAUUGAUACAUACUUCAGGUGGAAGUCUAAUUUUAAUAAAUCCAUAGUUUCUAGGAGCAGUUUUUGCAAAUGAUGAUCUUUGUGUAAAAGGACGGAUGUGGCAAACAGUGUCACAGUCACUCCAUCCAGUUGCUCAGGCACUUAGUCCAUCCCCUGCAACAGACACCAGUGGGUACUGUUUGCUGCAUCGCACUGCUUUUGCUACACUUUAAACAGAUAGCAUUAAUCAUCUGAUCCUCCACGUUAGGAGGUUUCCUAACUCUAAAAGAAAUAUCGUAGUGCUGUUGAAUAUAUGUAACCUGCACUUGAGACUUUCUAAGUGUGUAACUUUAUUUUACUGAAGUCACAGUAGAAAUUUUUCAUGGCAAAAAGGGAGGAGAUCCCUGAACUCCUUCCUGAAGAAUGAAGUGCCAACGUGAGAGUCCUACGCUUUCUUUGUAUAGGCAGAGAAUAUUCAAUGCCCAUCGUAGACUUUGAAUGUGGGUACUCUGGGUUAUGCUUUACCAACCCCAUCCCCAGGAAUCACACUGAUUCUGAAGUACUGCAGUGCGAAUAUAUGGUUCCACCAGUCUGUUGUCUCCUUUCUCCUGUCAGAACAGCACUGCAGUACUGGAGGUGGGGAGGGGGAAGGUCCUCUCUGCAAAGAAGCUGCUUGCUAUUUUGUUUUGCUUGGAGUUUAUUGACUGAAUUAUACAACCAAAGUGAUUUUGAUCCUGAGUUUAUCAUGUUAAUUUUGCCGUGUGAAACCAGGAUACAUUGUCUUUACUCCUGCAAAAUACGUCAUAGGAAUCCUCUUUCUUGCUGCUGUAUAUUGCCACUGCUGAGAGGAGCGUAUCACCAGCUUACGUUCUGUAACUGUGUAAUUCGUAUCCAGCCAAAGAACUGUACUCUAACACCUUACAUUUCCAUGUUUCUUGUGUUUCCAGCAUUAAAUAAAAAAAUGAACCAGAUGAAGGUAAACUGAGUGUAUAGCUGAUGGUACUUUUGAGUGUGUGAGCCUAAAUCAUAUUAUCUUAGAGGUCAGUUUUAUGUGUUGUAGCAAUAGUGUAACAUUGAGAACUGAAUAAUAUAAAUAAAAUAA